AAGCAUACACCAUGAUACAUCCUUACAUUGAGAUAAGCUUGAAAUUAAUUAAAUUUACUUUGAAAUUAUUGCAAUAUUACUAUAAAAAAAAAAUUCAAUAUUUUCCAAACAUGUUCUAUUUCAAAUUAUAUCAAUAUUUUAUAUCAUAAUCUUUUUCCAACAUAAACCUCCAAAAAUAGAAUACUCCUCCUAAAGAUCACCCAAACCUUCACACCAACCACAUACUCCAAACCCUCGCAAACAACUCCCCUCCCCCUCGCUAACCGUUGACAGCCUCUAACAAGCCCAAUAAAUAACCAAUCCAUCCCUUCCCCCCACAAUCCUUCAUCGGUCUCCACCCCCAACAAAAAUGGUAAACAAAGCUGCCAUCGGCGGCUUCUCCGCCAUCCUCGUCGUCGCCGCCGUCAUCAGCGUCAUCGCCAUCUCCUCCCGAUCCUUCAACAAGCCUACUGCUUCCAGCCAACUCGCCACCACCGUUAAGUCCUCUGUCUCCGUUCUCUGCGCACCGACAUCCUACAAAGAUGCAUGUGAGCGCACCCUCACCGGCGCCAUCAACGACACAUCUUCCGCCGGCGACAUUAUCCGCGCCGCCGUUAAGGUGAUCACAACUCACGUCGAAGCUGCGAAUGAAAAAGCUAACGAGCUUCAUAAGCUGGCUAAGGGCCCCAUUGACAACGACGGCUUCGAAUUGUGUAAGGAGCUUCUGGUGGAUGCCGGCGAUCGGCUCGCCGCCGUGCUCGCCGAAGCUGAUAAUGGACAUCGGCUCGAUGAUUUUCAGGCCUGGCUCAGCAUGGUCGUCUCCUACCGCACCAACUGCCUAGCCAGCAUCGAGUCGGAAGAGCUCAACGCCGAGAUGGCCACCGCCCUCCGCAACGCCACCGAGCUCACCGACAACGCCAUCGCCAUUAUUACGGCCGUUUCCGACCUCACAAAAGAUCUCAACCUCGACUUGAAUGCCACCGUCGCCGCAUUAACCGGGCGCCGCCUCUUGAACUAUCCCGAGUGGGUUCCGGCGGCCGACAGAAAGCUUCUGGCUGCCAGAUGGAACGAUCAGAAGCUGCCACCCAACGCCGUGGUUGCGAAGGAUGGCAGUGGACAAUUCAAGACAAUCAACGACGCGCUCAACGCUAUGCCGGAGACUUACAGAGGGCGCUACGUGAUAUAUGUGAAGGCUGGUGUGUACAAUGAGAAGGUUACUGUGGAUAAGACAAAGCCCAAUUUACUUAUUUACGGGGAUGGGCCGCGAAAGACUUUGGUUACGGGCCGGCUGAAUUAUGCAGAGGGGGUUGGGACCUUCAAGACCGCCACUUUCUCGGUAUUGGCCCCCGGCUUCAUCGCCAAAUCAAUCGGCUUCCAGAACAACGCCGGCCCGAAAGGCCACCAAGCCGUCGCCCUCCGCCUAAACGCCGACGCCGCCGUCCUCUACAACUGCCGCAUCGACGGCUUCCAAGACUCCUUCUAUUCCCAAUCCGGCCGCCACUUCGUCCGCAACUGCGUCAUUUCCGGCACCAUCGACUUCAUCUUCGGCGACUCCCAAGUCGUCAUCCAAAACUCCCUCAUCAUCGUCCGCCGCCCAAUGGACAAUCAACAGAACACCGUCACCGCACACGGCAAAGACACUCCCCACGAACGCACCGCUCUCGUCAUCCAAAACUGCCGAAUCGUCCCCGACCAAUUCCUCUUCCCCGACCGCUUCAAAAUCGCUAGCUAUCUCGGCCGCCCAUGGAAGCAAUUCUCCACCACUAUUGUCAUGGAAUCCACUAUCGGGGAUCUUAUUAGACCUCUGGGGUGGAUGCCGUGGAACGGAGAUUUUGCCCUAGACACGCUUUAUUAUGCCGAGUAUAACAACAGGGGACCGGGAUCGGUUACGAGUGGCAGGGUUAAUUGGAAAGGAUUUCAUGUGAUUAACAGGAAGGAGGCGGUGAGGUGGACUGCAGGCCCGCUGCUGGCCGGUGUGAACUGGAUUCCGUUCGCCGGCGUGCCCCAUGCGCUUACCCUCAUCAAGUGAUCGGGUCGGGAGAGGCGAUGAUGGAGAAAGAACAGAGCGAUUAAUUAAUGUUCGAUUACUUGUAUACCAUAUUACGGAUUUUCACAUCUGCUUGACUGCUUCGAUAUGAUUUUAUUUUGGUUUCUGACAUUCUGAUUAUUGUCA